AUGUCCCUAGAAAAAAAUUUUCAGAGCGUAAAAAGUUCUCUAAGAGAGAGAAGUUUGCCUAUACAGAUAGGCUGGAAUUUGUCUGUAGAAAAAAUUGAUACAUUCUUUGAACGUCAAGAUACAUGCGGAUAUAAAUUUGACAUCGAUCCAAGAGGAAAAGUAUUUAUAGUCGAGAUGGAAAUAUCAGAACAUAACUUUGUUGUCGAACGACUAAAAGAUUAUUUUAAAGUUCAUAACGGAGGUGUCGUCUAUGAUCCUCCAAUAGAUGUUGGGGUGCUAUAG